CAACAAUUCUCACAAAAAAUUCAAAAAAUUCAAAAAACUCUCAAGUAUUUUCACACUCAUUUUUUACAAGAAAUAUGGAAGGUGGCGGUUCAAGCAAGAGAGGUGGUGGAUCGAAAAAAAGAGGUGGCGGUUCGGGUACGAAGAAAAUAAGGCCCAAGGUUCGAGCGAAUCUUGGUGAGCCCGAUCGAUUUAGGUUGCAAGACGAACCCGACCAAGUCCCACUCUUUCAAACCCAACAAUUCCCACCCUUUCAAACCCAACAAUAUCCACCCUUUCAAUCGCAAACGUACCAUAACCAACCGUUCGUUCCACCGUUUCAACCUCACCAAUUUCAAUCGCAAACGUAUCAAACCCAACCCCACGCACUCGACCCACUACUAGAAGACAACACCCUCCUUCAUCAUUUUGCAAAAGCAUGGCAUGAACCACGUGAACCACAACAAAGUGUUGACGAGGACGAGGAAGAGGAAGAGGAAGAAGAAGCGGAGGAAAACGAAGAGGAAGAGGAAGAAGAACAAAAUGUUGAGGUUCAAGAAAUCGUUCCAAUCGGCCGACAACCUUGGACGAGCGAGGAGGAGGUCUCGUUGACGAAGGCGUAUUUGCACAUCUCGGAGAGUAGGAAACACGGGAACGAGCAACGAAAGGAAGCGUUUUGGAGACGGGUUAUAGCUCAUUUUAUGAAACUUCCCGGUGCAAGGGUCCGAAACAUGGACAAAAUGACGUCGAAGUGGUCGGAUUUGAACCGAAAAAUGAGCCGGUUCAACGCUUGUUUCAUUCAAAAGAGCCGAAACCCACAAAGUGGAGCGAGCGAGGCGACGAUCAUGCAACAAGCCACCGAAAUGUAUUGCACAACGUACCAUAAGAGAACUUUUCCACACGUUGCGGCAUGGCAAGUUGCGAGACAUCACCCGAAGUGGGUCCCCGUUGAGUUGGUUGACACGCAUGGUCCUACGGCUCCAAAAAAUCAAGGCGGUUCGAAAAGAACAAAGACAUCCGAUUCGGGGAACUACACGACUUCCGCGUCGGAUAACUUGCCCCAAAUGAACUUAAACGACGAGCCUCUUGACGAACCCCUUGACGAGCCCGUUGAGGAAAAUACACCCACAAGGCCACGACGCAGACGAGGUGGUGAUUCGUCAAGCAAAGGGAAGGAGGCGGUGGCGGAGUCGAUCUUUAGAAUCGAAGAGGAGAAAAUGACCCAAUACAAGAUGGCCGAACAAAGAAAAGAAACAAUGAUGACCCUAAAAGUUGAACGGGAGCAGGCGUACAAGGAACACUUGAAAACGAUCGAAAGACAAAAUGAUUUAAAAAUCUUGUGUGAAAAACACGCCCAUCUCGACGAACCGUUCAAGUCAAUUGUCAUCGAACAAAAGCGCGCGAUUUGCGCAAAGUGGGGUUGGGAGAUGCCAUCGGUUUAGUUGUUUUUUUUUUAAAUCGGUUUAGUUGUUUUUUUUUUUAUUUGGUUAUGUAAUUUUUUUUAAAGUUUAAUGAAAUUUAUAAUUUAGUGUUU